GGCUCUCUCGCCUAAUCUCCACUAUACCCAUCGCGGUGCAAUUUCCUCGAAAACUUAGAAAUUACCUCCAAUCGAUCGGUUUCUAAAAUCGGUCGGGAACAAUGGAUAGAUUGAAGAGAAAACGGAAGAGGACCAACAGCCAAAAGAAAGUAUUGCUCUCCAUCGUCGAUCCAUGGGACGUCCGAGUAGCCAGUGUCGAUCCAGUCGGCCUGGCAGAACGACGAGGCGUUACAUUGUCCACCUUGCAGUCGCCGCAACAGAAUCAAACUACUGUGCACGAAUCGUUGUCCCCAGGUAGAAUAAUCAGAAUCCCAUCACCUUGGUACAAGCCAGCCUACACCACCGAGUUGGAACGAUUUCCCACCACGGGAACUCUUCAAACGAACUCCUAUGAACCUACCUGGGUGGAUCCUUGGCAAUCGCCCAACAGGUCUCCAAGUGGAGUGAGAUCCUGUUCACCGGAAACACUGCAAAAACCGACGAGAAAGAAGACGCAGAACGAGGCGAAGACCUCGAACAGGAGUUAUGGCCUACGGGACGAGCAGACAAUUCCGGACGGCAAUGGGUUAAUGUGGUACGGCGUGAUACCGGAAAUCACGUGCGAUGAUUUCGAUCACGAGCGCAACGUUGGAACGACUACAAGAGUGCGUUUCGAGAACGAAGAUCGACCUAGACACAGAAGUUCCACUUGGGGCUCACGAUUAGACAAAGUGAAUCGUGUUCACGAGAAGAAUCGUUUACAAUCGUAUUCCACGAGAACAAUUAAUUUACCAAGUGACAGUCAUUUCAAGGAAAGUAAUUCAGCACAAGAGGAAGAAAGCUGCGUAGGAAGGGAAAGCACGAAUUCUGGGGUAGACGAUGAUGAAAAGAUCGAGGAAAAACGUUGCAAAUUAACCAAAGAAACUGAUGAGACACAUUGUCGAGGAUCUUUCGAAGACGCAGAAUUGGUGAAUGUCGUGAAAAAUUUGGUAACUUCAAGGUAUAGUCCUAUUCUGGCUGGCUCACACAGAAUACUAAUAAGCAGAAGAACGCCAUGUCAACGUCACGAAUCUCCGAAAGAAACAACCACAAUAGACGCCUCCAACGUGGCGGCAGAAUAUAACGAAAGGACAACACCGUCGAAGGACAAAAUUGGAGAAAUUACCGGCAGUGGAAUAGCGGCAACAGGGGGGCUCGAAGAAUCUGCGCAACUUUCUGCAACACGUAUACGUAAAACAAGUAUCUCGAUGCCCAGUAAUCUAGACGAGAUGGAAGAUUUACGAAUUGAUAGACAAAAGGGAACCGCCUCGAAAUUCACGAGGCCGGAAAGCGAUGAUACCAGCAGCAGCAGCAGCAGCAGCGUGACAUUCAGCAAUAGCGGCUCGACGCCCAAUGGAAGUCCGCUUGGCUCUGAGACCGAGGAAGAAGCGAAUGACGAACAGCUGGCCAAAGUACCGUUGCAAGCUCCUCCUCGAAAGAAAAAUAGGACCAUGUCACCAAUGAUGAAUCAAAAAUUAGGAAACAAUCCCAUGGAGCUUUCCGGGGCGCAGAGCGUCAACUCUACGAUAACGAGCGUUAACAGCAUUAGCAGUUUACUCAAGGAGAAACUACAAUUAUCGAUUCCGCAAGCUCUGCGCAGCAGUAAAAAGAGACAGAACGCUGACUACAGACUUCGUGCUUUCGUCGGAAUACUAUUCCUUUGCGUCGUUUUUCUCGUAGGCUUCGCUCAUAUUUAUUAUACUCAACACGUUCUUCAGCGGGCUUAUUUCGAAAAAUUUAGGUUCAACAAGAACGAAAGAGUGAUGCACGUCUACAGUAGCACUGGAACCGAAGUAAUCGCAGCGCGAUUAGGCGAAGGAAUACCAACAGAAACAGGAGUUUUCCCGUGUCUAGCUCGUCACCAAAUGCAGGACUCAGUCUGCCUCGAGUGGCUUCAACAGGCACGUUUAUACCUUGCUCACGCGAAGCACGAGGACAUGCACUGUUACCACGUCACCUGGCAGAGCUUGACUCCUCACUACAAUCCGAAGGACUGCUUCGAUUGGUCCCCAAAAAGGGGCCAUUGGUAUGGCGGUGGGCAAGUACAAAACAUGCCUUAUCCACUGGAACGUGGACGCCUCGAUUUAAGCCCUUUUAUUACCGGUGACAUCACCAAGCAUCCUUUCGGCAACGUUUUGAAGAGAUACUUCUUGAACUCGAAGGGUGCUACCGUUCUGGUCGAUCCAGAAACACCCCUGUAUAUAUCCAUCAAUGCAAACAGAAGCAAUAAUUUCUGUUUGCAGGCUAAGCACGACGCUUUCGCUUAUAUUAAUCAUCUGACACCAUUCCCACAACUAAAUUACACGAUUUGUGCGACGGAUAACAUGAAGAAUUUGCACUCUUCCAUGGCAGAGAAGUCCUUAUGGGAUGGUCUGAAGCCAGAUGAACUUCAUGCGGUUCACUCUCUACUUUCUGAGCCUGUCUGGCAAAUUUCACCGAUAAAUGAAGCUGCAGUGUACAAUUAUACAGAGGACGUGAUAGCUUUAGGCUUUCUACGACAAGGGCACGUUUUAUUAAGCGAAGAAUGGCAACCUAGUCCCGGUGACUUCAUAUUGGACGAAGAACGGUUCCCCUCGAUAGAAGAAACGAUCAAUAUCAUUCAUCGUCGAGGGUUUAGAAUCGUAUUUACCAUCCAGCCUUUUUUAUCCACGGAGUCUAUAAAUUUUCGAGACGCAGUAUCCAAUAGGUUAUUGAUUUCCGAGAGGGGAAGCGAUCCAAGGAUACCGGCUUUAACUAGAUACAAACACAGCAAUAGUGUCGGCGUUUUGGACAUCACGAACAAUAAAACUCUGCCCUGGCUACAGUCCAAGCUCGAAAGCUUGAUCAUGAAAUAUCACGUAGAUUCGUUCUACCUCGAUUUGGGCACCGCUCAAGACAUGCCUCACUACUACAAAUGCGAGCAACCACUAACUAAUCCUGAUCACUACAAAACGGUGUUCACUAAAUCUAUCUUGGGUUCCGUACCAGUGAUCGGAGUAUCUGGCGCGAUCUCCAGACCCAGGGCGCCGGUAUUCGUCUCCCUUCCACCGUUUUCUUCCUCUUGGAAGGCUAUCAAGACAGUAAUUCCCACUGUUUUAACGUACGGGAUGAUUGGGUACCCAUUUAUUAUGCCGGGCGCUGUUGGCGGAGACGUGGCUCUUCCCAUGUCUGACAAUAAUCCUGACAAUGAUUUCGAGGUGAAUUUGCCCGACAAAGAAUUGUACAUUAGAUGGCUACAACUCUCUACAUUUUUACCAGUGAUACGUUUCACUCAUCUACCAAGUAAAUAUUCAGAUGAAUCUGUGCUAGAGAUAGCCAAGAGGUUGACCACCUUGAGACAGAAAACUGUGACUCCUUUGUUGAAAAAAUACGCGAAAGAAACACUGAAUACAGGCUUGCCGAUAAUCCGACCGUUAUGGAUGUUGGAUCCAGCUGAUCCAGCUUGUCAUGUCGUCGUGGAUGAAUUUUCCGUGGGUGAGGAACUCAUAGUGGCGCCCGUUCUCUAUUCUGGUAGUAGGCAGAGAGAGGUUUACUUGCCUGCAGGGGUGUGGAGGGAUGGAAUUGACGGCAGUCUCAGGAAAGGCUCCAGAUGGAUUCACAAUUACAGGGUGGCCGAGGAUAAAGUGGCGUACUUUGUUAAAAUGCCAGACAAUACGAGAUUCUAAUCGAUGGAAAUGAUUUUAGGAUAUUUGAGACUGCUGCUGGUUGAU